AUGAGUCAGACAAGUGGAGGUGAGGCAGGAUCGCCUCCCCCGGCUGUAGUCGCUGCUGUGUACACUGCAGAUGCCUCAUCUUCCACCAUGGGCGGUGCUCGCAGUUCCUUUACCACCACUUCCAGUCCUUCUAAUUACUCUACCUCACUCACCGAUACCAAAGCUAUGCAAUCCUCUGCCACGGGGGUAAGUAAGCCAGGGGUAAGUGAACCGCUGUUAGCCAAUAAAACGGGCCGGCAGCAGACCGCGCCAUUAAGAUGGACGGUCCUAAACAUUUCUCCACCCCCGGAAGACCUGCUGGAUAGCAGUCAGAUGUCCUGUCAAGAUGAAGGGGGUGGACUGGAGUCUGAGCAGAGUUGCAGCAUGUGGACAGAAGACUCCAUGUCUAAUUUCAGCAACAUGAGUUCCCAUUCUUACAAUGAUAACAAUGAGGUCCCACGUAAGUCACGCAAGCGAAACACGAAGCAGAAGCCGGGGGCCAAGAGACGAGAUUCCAACAUGGACGUUUUUGAUGCCGACAGCGCCAAAGCUCCACAUUACGUUCUCUACCAGCUUGCCUCGGACAACAAAAGCAACUCCCAGGCUGGAAAUGGGUUGCGUCAGACACCCAGAAAGGAGGGAAAGAAGAACCCUGUGUUGUGUGAACAGUUUCCCAGUAAGAGCGAGGGAAAAGAACUGAAGAUCGUGGUGCAGCCGGAGACUCAACAUCGUGCUAGAUAUCUGACGGAGGGGAGUCGCGGUUCUGUCAAAGACCGCACACAACAGGGAUUUCCUACGGUUAAGCUGGAAGGUCAUAAUGAGCCUGUGGUGCUUCAAGUCUUCGUAGGCAAUGAUUCUGGUCGAGUGAAGCCGCAUGGAUUCUACCAGGCCUGCAGAGUUACCGGGAGGAACACGACUCCCUGCAAGGAGGUGGACAUAGAGGGCACCACAGUCAUAGAGGUCAUGCUGGAGCCCAGCAACAUGAUGACUCUAGCCGUGGACUGCGUUGGGAUUCUGAAGCUGCGUAACGCAGAUGUUGAAGCUCGGAUAGGGGUCGCUGGUUCCAAGAAGAAAAGCACACGGGCCAGACUUGUCUUCAGAGUCAACAUCCCUCGGAAAGAUGGCUCAAUUCUGACACUGCAAACCCCUUCAUCACCAAUUCUCUGUACUCAGCCUGCCGGAGUGCCGGAGAUCCUGAAGAAGAGCCUUCACAGCUGCUCGGUCAAAGGGGAGGAAGAGGUGUUUCUGAUUGGAAAGAACUUCCUGAAAGGAGCCAAGGUUGUUUUCCAGGAAAACAUUGCCGAUGACGGUUCAUGGAAAGCUGAGGCUGAAAUUGACAUGGAGCUAUUCCACCAGAAUCACCUUAUUGUGAAGGUUCCUCCUUACCAUGACCAGAACAUCACUUCCCCGGUCUCCGUUGUGAUGUUUGUUGUGACCAAUGCAGGCCGCUCUCAUGAAGUUCAGCCUUUUACAUACACUCCAGAUCCAUCAUUGACAGCCAUUCCAAACCUUCUCAUAAAGAAAGAGAUUGCCAGCUCCGCACAGUCCUGUACUUUUGAAGACUCUAUGAAAGCCGUGACCUCACCCGUUUGCAACAUUGACCAAGUGAACCUGCUCCCUCCCUCCAGAGGCUCUCCGCUUAAAUCCAGCGGCAUCAUCAAAAAUGAAGACGUGGCUCCUAUGGAGCUGACCGGAGAUCAGAGAGCUUCACCUCUGUACAAAGCAUCCAACAUUGUCGUGUCUGCCCCGCAAAACCUGGAUAAUUCCUCUCCCAAUGGGUCAUUUUCACCUUCUGUGUCCCACCUGUCUACUGAGACUGACCAACAGACUCUGUUCCCACAAGAGCCACUUUCCACCAUCCAGACACAAGACAUUGCUCAGCCCAGUAAUUUCCAAGCAUCUCCUAGCCAUAAUGAGGACACCAUCAUGCAGCAGACAACGCCAUUUCAGACAAUGGAGGCCCAGCCGAGAGAUACCUUGCAAUCUGAUAGGGCGCUGGUCACGCUGUCUCAGAUGGCCGAGGCUACACAGCAGUCCCAGAAACCGGCAUUGCAAGAACAAGCUCAAACACUGCAGCAACAGAUCUCUACCAGUCUGUUUACACCAUCAAACAGUGUUGGCCAGAUGCAGAAUACAAUUCACCAGCUUCAGCCUGGCAACUUCCAGUCCAAUGUCUCCAAUAACAACACAGAUGUAGAUUUGGUUCAGCAAGUCCUAGAGGCCCAGCAGCAGUUGUCUUGCGUGCUGUUUUCUAGUCAAGGUAGCAGUGAAAACGAGCAAUCGGCAAUUGGACAAGUCCAAGAGCAGAUCAAUGCUGGGAUAUUUCAGCCUGUUGGUUCCAUACAAAACCCAGCCGGCCAGGGGAUGUUCUCCUCUCCUGACCAAGUACAUAGCAGAUCGGAGAACGUGCUUUCUGCGAGGUCUGACAGCCUUCUCCAACAGGCUGAAAACACAUUGUCAAAUCAGCAACAAGCCAUGGAAACCAAUGCAUCCCUUGUUAUGGAGAUGCAGCAAAGUAUUCACCAGUCACAAGGGUCCAUUCAGUCUGACAUUUUCCAAGCACAGAGCCCCAGCUCGGGAGCCAUCCAGUCACCUGUGUUCCAGCACCAGCAGGGAGCCCAUUUAAUGGGUGGACUCUCCACCAGUGAAGAGAUGCAGAUGCAGUGCGACAUGUUCUCCACACAAGGUGUUGGUGGGAAUGAUGGUUCUGCAGGACAACAAGUGUCAGCAACAAACUCCAGUAUCUUUCAGUCCUCCAGCUCAGCAGAUGGUGACAGCACUUCUACUCAGCCGGAGCAAAUGCAGAGCAGUGUUUUCCCAACCAUGGUCCAAAUGCAGCACAAUGGGGAUGGCCAAACCCAAGUUGACCUUUUCGCAUCUGCAGAAGAGAUGCUUGGAGUCCAGACAAGUGGGGGACAACAACAAGGAGCUGGGCUGUUCCAGCAAGCUGGAGACAUGAUGGCACUUCAGACGGGCAACUUUUUGCAGCAGUCUCCCCACUCACACACUCAACUUUACCACUCCCAAAACACAAUAGCGGAUAAUCAGAGCAUGGCGCAAGAAACACAAGGAUCCCUGUUCCACCCCCAGGCCUCAAUGGUGCAGCAUCAGAACUCCAGUUCUGCACAAGAUCAGAUCCAGUCUUCACUUUAUCAUCUGCAAGGCGCCAUUUCUGCUUCAUCGGAGCAACCUCCCAGCAACAUGUUUUCUAUGAGCUCCUUACAGAGCAACCAAGUGCCUCAAGAGAAGCAGCUGUCUUUCUUCUCUAGCCAGAACACCCUUCCCGAACAGCAGUCAGCAUUCCAGCAACAGACGCAACUGUCACACAUCCAGAGCUCAAUGAUCACCCAGGAACAACAGCAGCAGCAGUCUCAGCAGAACUUGUUCCAGGCACAAACACAGCAGAACGCCCUCUUCCAGGCCACUCACUCCAUGGUGGGUAUGCAGAGCAGCCCUUCUCCCCAUGAACAAAGUCAGAACCUUCUUUUUAGUGCACAGAGUUCUAUGGCCAACAUGGCUUCACCUGAGCAACAGCAAAGCAUGAUGUUUAGCCAAAGCCAGGAACAAAUGGGCACCCAGGAUCAGCAGAACCAGGCCAUGUUUCACACACAAAACAUGGAGUUUCAGGCCCAAAGCCCGGUCACCUCUCAACAUGAGCAGCAACAGGCACCCAUGUUUCACAACUCCCCUCAGCUCCAGCUCGUUCAGCCCUCCCCAACUUCUCCAGAGCAACAAGUGACACUAUUUAUGUCCUCUGCCUCCAUGUCUGCUCUGCAAAGCAGUAUGGAACAGGAACUUCAGCAGACAAGCUUGUUCCCUCAGUCCAUCCAGGGAACUACACCCCCUCCUCAGCAACAGGCCUCUAUGUUCCACAGUCCUGCAGGGGGCGCCAUGAGCCAGAUGCAGAGUGCAUCAGCAUCCUCUCCACAAGCCACCGGAAUGUUCCUGUUUGGAAUUCAGAACAGUAAGUUUUUAGUUUUUUUUUUUUUACAUUUUUUAAGGCAUGUAUUUGAUUAA